AACUGAUACUUCAAAUUUGUAUUUUGAAAGCUACUAUCAAUAUCAGUCUUACACUUUUUUCUCCCUAUUUGAAAUUUAUUUUAGGAGGAGAGCUUUAUUGAAAAGCAAAAGCUGUUUAUUCAACAGGAAGAGAGCAGGCUGCUGUCAGAAAAGAAUAAUCUUAAGUUAGAAACUCAACAAUUGGAAAGAGAAAAGGACAUGUUUGAAAGAGAUAAAAUGCACUUCACAAGUGAAAAAGAGAGAUUUAAUGAAUAUAGUUUGAAGGUUAAACGAAGAGCUGAUGAAAUAGAACAUUUAGCAAUAUCAUCUAGAGAAGAGAAAGAAAGAGCUCAUCAAGAGCAAUUCCUUGCAAAUAAAAUAAAGGAUGAGCACCAGUCGAAACUGCAGCAAAUAGCUCAACAAAUGCAAACUUUGAGGGAUAAAGAACAUCAAAUACUUCAGGAAAAAGAAGAAUUAGUUAAAGAAAAAUAUGAGCUAGAAAGCAAAAGGAAUUCAAUGCUGUGUGUCAAAUGCAAGGUUUCUGCUCAACUUCCAUUAAAUGUUCAACCUCCACAAAUUAACACCACUUCAUUAAUGUCAUAUCCAGUUGUGAAUGGAAUAACAAAUAACAUCCCCCAGACUUUCAUUGAUCCUAGUCUAAUUCUGUGGCAGCUUUCAGCUCAAAAGGAUCAUGCAUAUUUGGAAGAAGAAUUAGCAUAUCUACAAUCAUUGAAAGAACGUGAUAAAAAGAUUGGUAAAAGCUGAAUUUAUAGUCAUUUUUUAACUGUCAUAAAAUUAAAAAUGAUAUUCAAAUUGUUAAUAAUUUAAAAGAUUUAGAAACGUUAUAUAUAGUCUAUAUUUUAUUUAUU